AUGCUGUCUAAAUGUGGCUCAGACUCCCAAUAUCGCUGCCGAGCAUCUUCAUCGGAGCGCACCGCUGUGCGUCGUGGUCCCACCUGCGUGCCUCCGGUUUGGCCACCGCACACGCAAUGUGACGGGCAGCGGGAGAUGAAUCUGACACAUUUUUACGCACAAUUUGGACAUUUAUUCGCUUCAAAUUACUCACUUUGGGAGACUAACCAUGACGACCACCGCAACUGGACUUUGUUUAACACCAGCCCUUUUGCCGUGGAUGUUUUGUUUUCGGGACAUGAACCGGGCACCAUCGUGCUGGUGGUGAUGUACACCCUCUCCUUCAUCGCAGGACUCGGUGGAAACAUCACGGCGCUGCUGGUCCUCACCCGAAAGAGGAACCGGCUGUCGGGGGCGUCAGCGACUCGCCGGCUGCUGGUCAACCUGGCGGUGUGCGAUAUGAUGGUGGUGUGCGUGUGCAUGCCCGUCAACCUGGGCCACCAGGUCUACAACGCCUGGGUGUUCGGAGACUUUCUGUGUCGCACCGUGCCGUUCGUCCAGGCAGUCUCGGUGUCCGCCAGCGUCCUGAGCCUGUCCGUGAUCAGCCUGAACCGCUAUUACAGCGUGCACAACCCGCUCCACGCACGGUCCUUCUUCACCGGGCGGCGGAUACUGUGCAUGAUAUGCCUGGUGUGGGCUGUCUCGUCCGGGCUCUGCCUCCCCCUCCUGUUCAUGAAUACCACCCGGACUUUGUCGCUGUUGGACGGGGCACACACGGUGACCGUGUGCGUGGAGGGCUGGAGCAAGGUCAAACUGCGACAGGGCUACAACUUCCUGCUCUUCUGCUCUCUUUACUGCUUCCCCGUGUUGUUUAACCUUGUUAUUUGUUUGCUGACCGGUUGGAAAUUGUGGGGAACAGACGACAAACUGAGGGAGUCGAACAAAUUCGGCAUUGCGCAAGUUCUCUCUCGGGUGCGAGUGCGCAAAAGGAUAGCCAAGAUGGUGUUGGCGCUGGUGGUGCUUUUUACCCUGUCUUGGCUACCUCUCUAUGUAGUGGACAUUUGGAUAGACUUCAACAUGCCGGACUCGCUGGACAGAGAAGACGGGAACGAUACAGAUCACGUCCAGCAUGAGUGGAUUCUCCAGGGCAGACCUUUCGCGCAAUGGCUCGGUCUGACCAACUCGGCACUCAACCCGCUAUGUUACUGUUUUGUGGGGAACCUUUACCGGUCAGCCAAGAGGUUCAGGCAAAGCUACCGGGAGAAACUUUCGUCUGUGUUCAGUUUGUCCCUUCAGCAGCCUUCCCUGAGCGGCUCCGUGUCCAAAACUGCGUCUUGCGGCCAUGCGCAACCGGAGAGGCAGGUCACCAAUACGCACGGAGGUUCCAAGCUGAUGAAGAGUAAAAGCCUGUCAGCUGUGACUGUGUGUGAAACAGUGUUUGACUGACCUGAGGAAUGAAGCCAGCAGCGACCAAAAUAUACCAUGGCGCAUAAAUGUCCCUUGUUGCCAGGAAACUAUCAAUGUAGUCAACAUGACAGGGGGCAACAUGACGUGUAUAGACAUUUUGUUGGAACAAAGCCGUUUAUUCUUACUGACUGUAAGUAUGUAAGAAUCUAUUUGUAUCUCUUAAGUGCGAACCAAACAGGGCAUGUAUAAUAUUGUGAGCAUGUGACCCUAUAGUUGAAUAUUGUGCUACCAGUUUAUUACCAGUUUCA